CCCCAGCGCCCCCUGCCUCUGCCCCCACAGCCACCCCUCCUGCGCCCGGCCCCUCGGGGGGCCCUCUGCCCCACAAGCCCCCGCUGAAGGGCUCGGUUCACCAGGUGGGGGGCCGCAGCCCCAUGGCCAUGCGCGCUGCCUCCCUGCCCCAGGCGCCCUCCUCCAAGCCCCCGCCCAGGGCAGCCGCCGAGGCCUACGCCCACGCACACAGGACCAUGUCUGUGGCCGGCACGGCCGACACGCAGCCGCAGGUGGUGGAGGACUUCAGGGUACACGUCAUCACAUGGAACGUGGGCUCAGCCAUGCCUCCUGAGGACAUCACCUCACUGCUGGGACUCAACGUGGGAGAUGGCAACACAGACAUGUACAUCAUAGGGCUGCAGGAAGUGAACUCUAUGAUUAACAAGCGUCUGAAAGAUGUGCUUUUCACUGACCAGUGGAGUGAGGUCUUCAUGGACAGACUUGGCCCUUUCGGAUACGUGCUGGUGACGUCUCAGCGGAUGCAGGGCGUUCUGCUGCUCGUCUUUGCUAAGUACUACCACCUGCCCUUCCUGCGGGGCGUGCAGACAGAGACCACCCGCACCGGCCUGGGUGGCAUCUGGGGUAAUAAAGGUGGGGUGAGCGCGCGCAUGACGGUGUUUGGCCACUCGAUCUGCUUCCUCAACUGCCACCUCCCGGCUCACAUGGAGAACUCGGAGCAGCGCAUGGACGACUUUGAGAGCAUCCUGCAGCAGCAGCAGUUCGAGGGCCAGGUGGCCAUGGGCGUGCUCGACCACGAUGUGGUGUUCUGGUUUGGAGAUCUCAACUUCCGCAUUGAUGAUCUGGACAUGCACGUGGUGAAGGGAGCCAUCGACGCCAACAAGCUGACCGGCCUGUGGGAGAAAGACCAGUUGAAUAUGGCUAAGGACAGUGAGACCGUGCUGGAGGGCUUUCACGAGGGGCCACUGAAAUUCUCCCCCACCUACAAGUUUGAUGUGGGGACAAACACUUAUGACACCAGCGGUAAGAAGCGUAAGCCGGCGUGGACAGACCGCAUCUUGUGGCGUUUGCGUGCCACGGCGCCCCCUGUGGUGGGAAACAGCAAGCGCCACUCCCUGUCGGGCCUGAGCAGCGGGCUGAGCAGCGGCACGCGGGUCACUCAGCACUUCUACCGCAGCCACAUGGAGUACACCUGCAGUGACCACAAGCCUGUGGCCUCCAUCUUCACCCUGCAGUUCCCGUAUAAGGUGGACAUCCCUCUGAUCACUCUGAUUGUGGAGGACGAGUGGCGGGAGGUGUCUGACGCUGUGGUGCGCUUCAAGGUCACGCCCAACUUUGGACGCAGCUCCUGGGACUGGAUUGGCCUUUACAAGGUGGGCUUUAAGCAUCAUAAGGACUAUGUUGGCUAUACCUGGGCCAAGCAGGAAGAGGCGGACUACCUAAGGAAGGAGCACGAGGUGACCUUUCCCGAGGAGGAGUUGCCCAAGGGCUCUGGAGACUUCAUCCUGGGUUACUACAGCAACAACACCAGUACCAUAGUUGGCAUGACAGAGCCUUUCCAGAUCUCUCUGCCCACGUCCAGUCCUGGAGGGGUCAGUCCGUCCGACAGCUCUGACUUCAGUUCGGACGACGGCACGGUGGACGGGGGCUCGCGGCCCUCCAGCCCCGACGGGGCCCCCAAGCGCCGCAGCAGCAGCAGCAGCCCCUCCCCGUCCCGAGGCUCCGCCUCCCCCAGCGUCAAGCCCAAGCGCAAGGGGCGCCACGGCCACAAGCCCAAGAGCAGCAAAGUGAAGAGUCCGGCGGAGGCCCCUGAGGCCGGGGAGCCAGCGGCCGGCGAGGCUGGCAAGGCUGGCAAGGCUGGCGAGGCUGGCGAGGCCGGAGAGGCUGGCGAAGCUGGCAAGGCCGGAGAGGCUGGCUCGUCAUAGGUCCGUUGGCCGCACUGUGCCGCGCCAUGCUGUGUGUGUGAGAACUCUGUAUGAGAGUUGAGGGUGGGCUCCUGUUAGGCAGGGCAGGGAGGAGGCCUCGAGCCUCAGCCUGUGGUCACCCUCACCCCCCCUCCUGCCAUUCCACUCUCUCUCCCUUGCUCCCUCUCUCCCUCCAUCCCUCACUUUCUCUAUGUCAUUCACUCUCUCUAUGUCUCAGGUGGCUGCGUUGGGCGGCCUGUAUUGUCCAGUCUCUCUCAGUAGCGGUGUCCGUGUCUCUCUGUGUGUGAGUGUUGUCAGACCUGGACCUGACAUGCUGGCGGUGCUCUGAGAGGCCUCUCGGCAGCUAAGCGGAAAGAUGAGCAUUUAUGAGCGUAGCAGGAAACGUCUCCCGGACAGGCCCUGAAAAUGAAUCCAGUAAACUGCAAGUCCAGUUUUGCCUUUAUAUAAUUCUGCCGUGACUUCUACCGAGUCAUUGUCCUAGUGCCCGAGACAUCUAUUCAGGCCUGAGGUGCUCCAGUCUCUUUGGCUGGGAGCCCUGGCACACAAUGUGCCGUCUCCACGGAAAUGGUUAGGGUCGACCAAAUCUGGUUGCCCCAGGCAACAAAAUGUCUGCCUUUUGCUACCCAGAACCUUUUUCUCUCUCUUAAGAAGCUGUGAAGGCAGCAUGCAAGGUGCUCUGUAGAAGGCACACCUGAAGGAGGAAAAUGCAAAAAAAAAAUCAGGUAUCCAAGUCAAGAACAGCACCCUAGCCAAGUAGAAAAGAAACGUGGGGAAACAUACUGUUGUGGCCUAGCGUUUGUUUGUUCUUGGUGUCCUUCCUGACCCCUCAACUUUGAACCCUGAGCCCUCCGCUGGGCUACGCUGUUCUCUGCUCUCUCAGGAGCUUCGAUGAGCAUUCCGCUCCAGAAUAGAGGUUCUGCUGAAGCCUGUGAAGUCAAGGUCUAUGAGGUCAUAUCCUGUGAGGUCAUGUCCUGUGAGGUCACGUCCCUGUCAGGUAGUUGGUGUGUAAUAGACUUUCACGUUGAAGCUUGUGGAGUUCAGCUCAUUUUCCAUUGAUUUGUGUCCCUGUUAGCUGUUCAUCUGAACUUAGUUUGAGUAUACUCUAGGAUUAGCCUAGUCUAGGAUUUUCUAGAAUCCGUAACCUGUUGUAAAAAUGUUGUGCUCUUUUCUGACCCCUCUCUUUCUCUCUCUCUCUCUCUCUCUCUCUCUCUCUGCCUCUGUCCUUCUCUCUGGGUUAGUCAUGAGUAGGGGGCGGUGUAGUUGUCGUGUGAUGGCUGUAGUGUGACACCCUCAGUGCACCAUCCAAAUAUACAGUAUUGUACCUCUGUCUUUAGCUGUACAGUAGGACAGUUUGUGCAGUCGUAAUGUAACUUGACAGUAUGUGAGAGAUAGAGAAUGUAUGGGUGUGUGGAUGUGUGGAUGUGUGCUUGCAUGGUUUGCCGCACUUGACUCCUAGUCUGGUGCUGUGCAUUACUGUGGCUGACCUUUACUACAUGUCAGUGUUAAAAUUAUCAAACAAAUUAAAAAAAUAAAACAAGUUAGAGAAACAGAAACAGUAAAAGAAGGAGGAAUGGUUCACACAUUGUCAGAAAAGAGGGGGAGAACUCAGAACAAGAAGGCUUUCUUUUACAUAUUGCCACAAUAUUUUGCGUUGAAUCCACUAAUUGUAAAUCAAUUACUAAAGGCAUACAGUAGAAGUUUAAAGAUUGUACAAUUAUUUGAAGGCACUGAGAACUCUUGUCUGUCUGUGUGCGUGUGUGCGAACGUGUUCAUGCGUGUGUGCGUGCGUGUGUGCUUGUGCGUGUGUGUAUCUACAUGUGUGCAUGUGUGCAUGGAGUGCAUGUAUAGAACGAGCCUGUUGUAUAUGUCGGUUGAGAGGCAGGUGAGUUCUAGCUGUUUGUGUGGCUUUAAGAAUGGUUAAACAGACUAUUGGAAAUAACACUCCUAUUGUUGAAAAUACAGUAAAUUGCAUCAUUACACAUCUAGCCACUGUUUAGCUUUCAUUAUAGGCCUCUUCACAGCCAGCCAAUAAGUGAAGUUUUUCAGUUCUAGAGUGAAGUUUUUCAGUUGUGGUCAUGAAGAACGGCACUGUCUGUAACAGUGAUAGGUUAGACACAGCCUAGGGCUUCACAUGCCCUGUCUGUUCUUAUUCUGUGCUCCUCCUUUGGGUGGGAAUGUGUUGUACAAAAUAUGAAAUAUGGGCCUGUGGCAAAUGUGCAAUGGAAAAUGAAAUUAUCAGAUUUUAAUGUCUAUGAAAGAAUGUGAAGAAUCAAGAUUAAAUGUGAAUACAUAAAUAUAUGUAUAUUCAUAUAGACCAUGUUAAUAUAGGUAGGAUGUGAAUAUGAGUAUUGUUAAGAUUUAGUGGGAAGAUCUGAAGACAAUCAAUGCCAAUAUAGUUGUUUUAAUAUAUAUUUUUAAUUUCCUGUCAUGCCAUCUGCUGUUUUCUGAAUUCUGAUGGAUUCAGUACGUUUCAAAGAUACAUAUUUAAUUUUCACAGAACUUGAUCAAGUGCAUUUGAUUUAUGACUACUGUAUUUAUGUUUUUUUAUUUAUCAGAAUGGAUCAUGCCUCCAUUGAUUUAUUGUGGGACUGGUAAGAGUUAUCGGUCAGACGGACUGAUCAGGUGUAUUGAUCACUCAUAGUGGCUGGUUAAUCUCUAACAGAGAUGGGUCUUGUCCCGACAACUGCUGUUUCAUUUGUGUCCUCAGAAACACAUGCGCGCACUCAAACACAGUCACAUUUUGUCCAGUCAAAAUAAAACAGAGGUGUAUCUUGUG